AGUUCAGUGGACACGAGGGCGGGUGCGCGCGCGUAAAAGGACAUAUGAACAUGUGGAAUUCCGCUUCUUUAACCAAUGAGGAGUGAAGUCCCACCUGCGCGCUUCUGUCUCCAUCCAGAAAGCAAGGUCUCCCCGCAAGGAGAAAUACGCACGGCACGCGCCCGGCACGCGGACACCGUGCAACUCCCCUCUCUCUUAGAAACAACAGAACAGUGUGCAGCACUUUCUUCCAGGAGCUAUUCUAUUCAGGUGAGCAGAAGAAGUGUGUAGUGCGCGGGCUUCGCGCGCGAGACAGGUGCUCGUGUUCUAAGCGGAUGAUCCCAGUGUCAUCCGACCGGUUUCCUCGCGUGUGUUCCCGACCGUCACAGCGCUGAGGCUGCGGAUGGAGCCCCGCUGGAUGAUGCACGCGCACUCCCCUCAUCCUCAGGGCGCGCUGGACUGCCCGGACGCCUCCACGCGCCACGCCCACCAGGUAAACCAUGGCCUUGCGUACCCGGAGCAGCACGGAUCCUUACUGCCCCCGGAUGAGCUGGACAUGUUCCUCAGCCCCGUGGAGCAUCAGGGAAACGCGUACUACCACGCGCACGCGCCUCAAACUAACUACCGAGUGCGCGCGGCCUACAAUCCCGCAUCAGCUCGUUUGACUGGUGGGUCACUGUACAGACCCCCUGUCAUCCACACCCCACCGUUUUCCUGGAUGGAGAGCUCGAGACCGGCUCCUCCAGCGCCCCAGCACGCGGCUCCCUGGACCCCGGCUUCUGUCUCUAAGUCGUGUCCGGUGUUCCCGGGCUCAUAUCCGCAGUCUUGCCGCCUGCCCACCGCACCGCCCACCGACACCUCAACCACUCUGCUGGACGGCCUGGAUGCGGAGAGCUGCGGCCCGAGCGAGCGCGCGUGCGCCUAUUACAGCCCGGAGAAACUGACAGGAACAGCCAGGAAUAAACAGCGAGCAAACUCUGAGGGACGAGAGUGUGUUAAUUGUGGGGCUACUUCCACUCCUUUGUGGCGGCGGGACGGCACCGGUCAUUACUUGUGUAAUGCUUGUGGACUCUAUCACAAGAUGAAUGGCCAGAACAGACCUCUCAUCAGACCCAAACGCCGGCUGUCUGCUGCCAGACGAGCAGGUACUUGCUGUGCUAACUGCCAUACAGGCACCACAACACUGUGGAGACGAAAUGCCAAUGGAGAGCCUGUUUGCAAUGCCUGUGGCCUUUACUACAAACUGCACAACAUGAACCGUCCCCUUACAAUGAAGAAGGAAGGAAUUCAGACAAGAAACAGGAAAAUGUCCAGCAAAUCGAAACGAAGGAGAGUAGAGAACUCUCAGCAUCUCACCAACAUCAUUCAGGACAAACCACUGACCUUUAACCAGAUUACCAACAUGUCACAUCACUUCACCAUGACUCCAUCCAUAGAUUUACAUUCAGCCUUUGGCCACACCCACCACACUAGCUUAGUUACUGCCAUGGGCUGAUACUUAGAACCUACGUUCUACACUGGUGCAAAUGAACACAUGCAUUUACACAUAAACCAUUUAAGGAAGAUCCACAUAUUCCAAGCUCUUUUGACUUAUGGACUGGAAUGUUUUGUGAAACUACACAUUGAAGCUAUUUAACUAAAUGUUAACUAAAUGUUUGCAGUCUUUAAUUUUUUUAUAAUCAUUGCCUGACUGUAAAAUAAAUUGCACUUUAUCCUGAAAACUCCAGCAAUACAAUUGAUUGGAUUCAAGGGUUUGGUAUGCAUUCAUUUAUUGGGUAUUUGGCUUUAUUUAGGACCACCUAUGCAAAUACAAUAUUUACUGUGCAGUUUAAAAGGGAGGUGUAUUUAUGUUUUUAUUGUGUACAUUAUUAUUAUUAUUAUUAUUAUUAUUAUUAUUAUUAUUAUUAUUAUUAUUAUUAUUAUUAUUAUUAUUAUUAUUAUUAUCUGCCAAAACCUAUUCUGGUCAUUUGGACAUUGAAAAAGUUUUGGAAUGACUCAGGAGUCAGUCUAAUAAUUCUGUAUUAAAUAUUAGCUUAUUUAUUUAGGACAUUGUUUUAUUUAUACCAUACAUUUCAUUUUAUGUGCUUUGCUGGCUCUCCAAUAUCAAUGCUGUGUGUCUAAACAGUUGCCCUGUUGCUGUAUUUUCUUUUCCACUCAGAUAAAAUUCUGCCAUUAGUAACUUCCACUCUUAUGACUGUAGACUCAGACAGAUUAACAAGAAUUCCAGGUUACUAAGGAUCUGGCUGGUCAACUACAGGGGUUGGACAAUGAAACUGAAACACCUGUUAUUUUAGUGUGGGAGGUUUCAUGGCUAAAUUGGAGCAGCCUGAUGGGCAAUCUUCAUUAAUUGCACAUUGCACUAGUAAGAGUAGAAUGUGAAGGUUCAAUUGAAAUGCACAUUAUGGGUGACAUACCAGAGUUCAAAAGAGGACAAAAUGUUGGUGCACGUCUUGCUGGCGCAUCUGUGACCAAGACAGCAAGUCUUUGUGUUGUAUCAAGAGCCAAAGUAUCCAGGGUAAUGUCAGCAUACCACCAAGAAGGACGAACCACAUCCAACAGGAUUAACUGUGGACGCAAGAGGAAGCUGUUUGAAAGGGAUGUUUGGGUGCUAUCCCGGAUUGUAUCAAAAAAACAUAAAACCACAGCUGCUCAAAACACGGCAGAAUUCAAUGUGCACCUCAACUCUCCUGUUUCCACCAGAACUGUCCGUCGGGACAAUAAAUUAUUGUGGUCUAAAACCAGAUGUUUCAGUUUCAUGUUCAACCUCUGUACCUGUCCUUACUAACAUCAAUUUUGUAAUUCUGUUAAAAUAAAUUAUAAUGUAUUGUACUGUAAGCAAAAACAGGUCUUUGACUUGUGCUAUGUGAUUGAGUAACCCUUUUUAGAGCUAUAAAAACAAACACAUACACACACACACAGU